AUGGCGACCAUCGACGCCUACCUCAAGGCUUUGCUCACGCUUUCCGGAAACGAGCAGCUCGCCACCGCCCGCCAAAACCUCCUCCAAGGCCUCACCGAUGACAACCUUUUGGAACUACUGAAGAAAGCCGCGAAAAGAGAAUUCGCGCGCGGCGGCCUGGAAGAGAUUAUCUCAGUCAUCUUGGACGUUAUCGCUAGGGAUCCGGCUUCGGUCAACGAUGACGGCACCAGUGUGUCUCACGCGACAGCUAGCCUUAGCAUGGAGCAAGUGCAAGAAAACGAUAUUCAGCAGCAAUCUCUCAGCGAGAUCACGGUGAUCAACGAUCAGCCAGCAUUAAGCGGACCAGCCAUGUCGGUAGCAAGCAAGCGAGCGCCUCCACCGUCUCCCGGCGCUGUUAUCAGCAAACGUUCCAGACUCAAUACGCCUCCUGUAGUCGCCACUCAGGCUACUGCCCCCGCCAGAAAUGUGAGCCUUCGAGACUAUGAGACGGAGCAGAUCAUCGACAACAAGAUCGUUCCGCCUAUCGAAAUCGUUGCGUACGAAGUAGAUUACGCUGGGUAUGAGGACUUCAACCUGACCACCCUAUUGGGCUCAAAGUUUGAUGAAGAUUACCUCUCUACAGAUCUCCAUGUAUCAGAAUGGGAACCCAUUCUCGCUGAUCACACCAUCAUGUCAACCGCCAAAGGCUACCACGAUGCGCUCCUAGCCCUCUCAGGCAAUCCCGUCUUUACCGGCGCACGAAACAAUCUUCUCGCGAGCAUCAGCGACAACGAACUGCUCGACGUCAUCACCCACGGUCUCAACACUGGUUCUCCUCGAGAAACUCUCAACGCCAUCGCGACACGACUACUUGAUGGGCUUGCAAAGGCUCGAAAGGCCGACGACGCAGCAGCACCGGUAGAGGGCAAACAUGGCAGUGAUGACGGUGGUGAUGAUGAUGACAGCGGCGGUGGUGGUGGCCGCAAGAGUGGUCGAGGUGCUAAACCUAGAAAGAAGACAGACGAAGGAACACCUAGAAGAAAACGUGGACCGCCCAAAUCAGCUCAGACCCCAGCAUCGCAAGGAACUCAAUCAUCAAAUACAAACAAGAAGAGAACGGGAGACUGCCUCAUGCAAGAUGGGAAGAAGAGAAGGGACGCAAGUCCAGAGCCGAUGGACGAUGAAGAAGAUUUUUUCAAGGCAGAGGGUGCGGAAGAGCAGGAAGUAGCGAAGGUGCCCGCAAAGAAGGUUGUGAAGAAAUCUUCCACCGAAGCUCCGGCGACCAACAGCAAUACCACGGCAUCUUCUAGUACCGCCGCCACAACCGACACUGACACAGUCACAAGCUCCGAAGACGAUGUCAUGUGGAAAGAGAUCCAGAAGCUCUCCGUAAUCAGGGAUCUGCAACUCGUCGACGGCAACGACAGCAGUGACAAGGAAAAGAACGGCGAUGGGAAUGAAACAGAUACCAGAGUCCCGGCCUCACGUAUUACCAAGACUACCCGGAUCCCCGAUGUCGAAGUCCGCUUCAAAGUGCCUAAAAUGCCACUCAAAACGCUGCAUCUCUUCCCACUCUCAUUUGUCAAGGAGUUCGUUCGCAAAUUCAACAAAGACUACCUCAUGGGCGAAAAGAACAGGACCACUUUGCGCAAGGCGAUCGACGGAAAGCUUUAUAAUGGCCGUUGUAUACGUUGCAUCGUGCAUCCGCAAGAUGCUCUAGGGUGUCGCAAUCCGCUGGGCUGGUCACACUCCGGUUGA